GACACACAAACGACCCACAAAGAGAGUCAGUCACGAGACUGAAAACGUAACAAGCGAAGCAAAUUCUAAGAGAGCGAGGAUAGAGGUUAGGAAAAAAAAGAUACCUGAGAGAGAGAGAGGGGAAGGGGCAAGAGAGAAGGGAGGAAGGAGCGGCGGUGAGAAGAAAGAAAUGAACAGAGGGUCAAAGAGAGAUGGUUUUGUUUUGUGAGUUUGGUAACCAAACAAAGGAAAAAAGAGUACCGUUUUCCCUGUAGGCCCUUGACCGCGUUGAUCGCCGCUCAUCUUGCGAGGAGCAAAAAAAAAACCUUAAUGGAGCAAAAGCAUGUCUUGUGAGUAAAGGUAAAGUGUGAACUGGGAUGAUGCAGAAACCCAAGACAAAUUGGCGGGCCAGCUUUUGUCCUUCUAACACACCACGAGACAAUCAUUCAAACUAACCCAACAAAUAAAAUAAAAUUAUUCAUCUAAGAAACAAAUCUUUUUUUCUUCUAAGAAACAAAUCUAUCUAUGGAGACAAUACACACAAAGAAACAAAAUAUCUCUAGAGAUUCCUUUAUCUUUUCCUCUAUGGCUCUACCUUACUCAAAUUGGUGCAGAUUCUCUUAGUCUUUGUAGCAACUAGUCAUCGCUAUAGAUGGAGAUAAAUUUUUAGAUUUUGUAUGUUAAAUAUCAUGUUUUCCUUUUAAAAUUAGUAUUUGUUAUCGACAUUUACUUGAACAAUAGUUUUAGCAUUUUGCAUGUAUUUGUAUACAAUAUAGAACGUGCAUGUUGUUGAAGCAAAUGGAAAUCUCCUCAACAUUGCGAAAUGUGUGAUGAUUACCAAACCCAAACGAGGCAGUGUUUAAGAAAAUAGUUUAUAGACAAUACUUUUUCAGGAUUUUUAACAGGGAAAAAUUAGGAAAAUUUGGUUUUGCAUCUGUAUACGUUACUCGUGUAGUAAGUAAUAAAACAAUAAAUGCAUGGGUGAACUUAGUUAAGAAAAUUGAUUUCUCAACAUUAUGAGGAGCCGAGCCGCCGGCUUGAGAAGUAGUAGCCACGUGUUAUGCUGACGUGCCGUGCUCUAUAUGGCUGUGUCUCAUGCAUUUGACGUGAGUCGACCAAUCAGAAUUCCCUGACAGCUAAUCUUUCAGCUCUCAUAAUGACUCGAUCUUUUGUGCCUAAUUUCCGCGUAUAAUUCGUAUAUUUUUACACAGCGGGAUCAUAAAGCAUCCCUCAAAACAUUUUUCAACGAUAACAAUAUAGAGAACAAUGGGUCAGAUGUAAAUGGCCGAACAGCCCUCAACUUAUCCGUCGGCAGAACUGCGUUGUGGGUUUGUUUCCUUUUAAGAUUUUGAAAUGUCAAACUAAGAAUAAGAAGAAGAAGAAAAUAGAGAAUCUGUGAGAGUGAGAGAGGGAGUUUAUACGUCUCACCCCACGGGGGCAUUGUUAGCCACUUUUGAAUCUUCCAAACCAACUAAGACGUUUCAGUCAGUCUCAAUUUUUGUAUGGACCGUACCGAUAAUUUUAAAUAACUUAAAAGAAUGUAUAUAAUAUAUAUGAGAGCGGAUCCGUAGAUUUAUUUCAUAAAUAGAUUGUUUGGUACUUUGGUUGUAUGCAUUCGGAUUCUAGCUUGGAGCGGCUCGCAAUUGCGUUAGAGCGGGAAAGUCGUUCAAUUUGUCACGAUGUCCGUGGUAUAGACUUCAACCGCCUUUCACCUUACCGACUUUUCUUACAAUUAAAAACGACCAUUACGAAUUUGGUUUCAAUAAAAUAACAAAACCAACUAAAAUUGUUACUUUGUCUUUCAUAUAAAAGAAUCUUAAAUAUUUUGAAAAGCUGUACUGAAUGUGAAAGAUUAAGAAUCUAUGAGACAAGAGGACGUGGUCACUACUAUUAGUGUUGACUUUUGAGAACACAUCAUUUUCCUGUGAUUUUAUACCUUUUGAGAGGCCCAUUACUAUUACAUUUCACAGUUCAUUUGUCUGAAAUGGGUAAUUGGGCCUUAAAAUGAGGCCUUUGAUUAUUUAAUAGUAUAUUUCCUUUGUUGAUCUAUAUGAUAUAAGGUAGGCCCAGAGGAAACAAGUUAGGAGGUCAAAACACAAGUUUUUGGAGGCGAAAAAAUUGGCAAAAAGGCGAUUGGGGGUUUCACGCACGACGAAGGCAUGAGUACGGCGGAUCCGCCGGAUGUUCUGAUCUCUCCGACGAGAGGAAGCACAUCUUUGGGGGAGACGCGAGUUUUGGAUGGAUCGAUGAAGGUUUGUGUAGAAGGAGUUUCGGUGGACAAUGGAUCUACGGAGAAAUCACCGACGAUCUCGAAUCUGGGGGUAGCAAAUCCGGGGAUCUCUCUGGAGAAGGUGAUUGAGAAUGGGGUUAAGGAGAAAACGCAGGUGGUUUCAAAUCUGGAGGUAUCAAAAGAGGGAUCGAAGAACUCGUGGGUUGGAGUGGUUCAAGGGCAAAAGGUUCUGAAGAAAUAUGAUGUAGAAAUACAGAUGCAGGAUGGUAUUGGAUCAGUAAUGGUACCAGAGGAGAUUACAAAGGGUGUAGCACCGCUAUGGGAUGAUUUCUUGAUUGGGAAAUUUCUUGAUGUAGCGCCGCAUAUAGCAAAGGUUCAUGCCAUUGUAAACAAGAUAUGGACGCUCAAUGACAAAGCUCAGAGGGUGGAGGUUUUCGAAGUGAAUGAAACAAUGAUGAAGUUUAGGAUACUAAAUAAUGCUGAUAAGAACAGGGUGCUGCGCAGAGGAAUGUGGAACAUUGCUGGUGUCCCAGUGGUGUUAACGAAAUGGUCACCAGUGAUUGAGAAGGAGAAGCCACCCACACAAUCAAUUCCUAUGUGGGUGCACAUUAAAAAUGUUCCAGUAAAGCUGUUCUCGUGGCAGGGUCUGAGCUUUGUGACAAGUCCAUUGGGGAGUCCAGUGAGAUUGCAUCCGGAGACAACUCAAUGUCUCAACAUUGAAGUGGCAAAGAUAUUUGUAAAGGUGGACCUUUCAAAAGAUCUGCCAAAGAAGAUGAAGUUUAAUAUAGAGGGAGAGGAAGUCAUGGUGGAAUACAUCUACCCGUGGUUACCAACAAAAUGCCCAAAAUGUGAGAAGUGGGGACAUACAGUAAAGAGAUGUCCACAAGGGAAUGAAGAGCAGUCCGAGGAGAAAGACCAAAUUGAAGAGGGAGAAAUAAGAGAAGUUCAGAGUGAGGAAAAAGUGGAGAAGGAAGGAAAGGAGGAAGACAGAGUGGUUCACAUGAAAAAUAAGGAGGAAGAGAAGAAGUUUGAAGAAGUUGAGGAAAAUACGGAGAAAGAGAAGGAACUAGAGUGGUCAGAAAUCACUCCAGGGAAAGCUAGCCGUUCCCCUAAUAUGAGUCAAAGGGGAUUGGAAUAUGAUCAAGUCUCUCUUAUUACAGAAUCCAGAUUCUCGGUUUUAUCACCAGAAGAAGGAAUGCAAGAUGAUGAGGAGAAUGUAGAACAGAUUGCAGUGCCGUCUAAUUCGAAAUUGAAGGAAAAGGAGGAAGUACGAGUGUCAAGGCAAGUCUUGCCUAGAGACUCAAAGUUGAAUCACAGAUAUUUGGGAGACAAAGGAGGUCAGAAAGCUCAGGAAGGCGAUCCUAGCUAUCUGAAAAAGAAGAAAUCUCGACGCUAAUAUGUCAGGUUUCUAUUGGAAUAUAAGAGGUUUUAAUAAAGCAUCUAAACAGGAGAUGGUAAAAGAAUGGGUGAAGAAGAGAGGUUUUCAAUUUGGUUGCUUAAUAGAAACUAGA